CUUCCUUUUCGCGGUUUUAAGUCACCACGGAAAUCGUGACCAGUGAAGCCACUCUCCUGAUGGAGUCCGAAGAGGAUCAAAUGGAAGAACCCAUUCCUGCCAUUGCGUUACCUGUAGUCACAGAGCCCCCGAAGAUCCACCGCCUCCACGAGUCCGUCGUGAACCGGAUCGCCGCCGGCGAAGUCAUCCAGCGGCCGCACUCUGCCGUCAAGGAGCUUGUCGAGAACAGCCUCGACGCCGCCUCCACCUCCAUCAAUGUCGUCGUCAAGGACGGCGGCCUCAAACUCAUCCAAGUCUCCGACGAUGGCCACGGCAUCAGAGAUAUUGGUACUCUGCGCAAAAUGCAGUAUGAGGACUUGCCGAUACUGUGCGAGAGGCACACGACGUCAAAGUUGUCUAGGUUUGAAGAUUUGCAGUCGAUUAAAUCGAUGGGGUUCCGUGGAGAGGCCUUGGCCAGCAUGACCUACGUGGGUCAUGUUGCUGUGACCACCAUUACCAAAGGGCAAUUGCAUGGUUACAGGGUAUCAUACAGAGAUGGUGUGAUGGAGCAUGAACCUAAACCUUGCGCGGCUGUUAAGGGCACACAAAUAAUGAUUGAGAAUUUAUUCUAUAACAUGACUGCUCGGAGAAAAACACUUCAGAACUCUGCUGAUGAUUAUCCAAAAAUUGUAGAUUUACUAAGCCGAUUUGCAAUUCAUCACAUAAAUGUGAGCUUCUCUUGCAGAAAGCAUGGAGCUGCUAGGGCAGAUGUUCACUCAGUUGCCACUGCCUCAAGGCUUGAUGCAAUUAGAGCUGUUUAUGGGGUGUCAGUUGCACGAAAUCUGAUGAAAAUAGAAGUGUCUGAUGAUGAUCCCUCAAGUUCAGUUUUUGAGAUGGAUGGUUUUAUCUCCAACUCUAAUUACACUUCAAGAAAAACAACGAUGGUGCUUUUUAUAAAUGAUAGAUUAGUUGAGUGCAGUGCUUUAAAGAGGGCAAUUGAAAUUGUUUAUGCUGCAACCUUACCCAAAGCAUCGAAGCCCUUCAUAUACAUGUCAGUUAUAUUGCCACCUAUGCAUGUUGAUGUGAAUGUGCAUCCAACAAAGAGAGAGGUAAGCCUUUUGAAUCAAGAAAUUAUUAUUGAAAAGAUGCAGUCUGCAGUAGAGUCAAAAUUAAGGAGCACCAAUGAGGCAAUGUUGUUCCAAGAAAAGGUGGUAGAUCCCACUUCAUCGAGUCCUGUGGCUACAACCAAAGAUUCCUCAAUGAAUGCCUCAGCUUCUGGCAUGAAGGGGAUAAAAUCGCAAAAAGUUCCAGUCAACAAAAUGGUACGAACAGAUUCUCAGGAUCCUGCUGGAAGACUGCAUGCCUACUUGCAAGUUAAGCCUCCUAGCAAUUAUGAGCAGAGUUCUAGUUUGACAUCUGUGAGGUCAUCUAUCCGACAAAGGAGGAAUCCAAAGGAAUCUUCAGAUCUCACUAGCAUUGAGGAACUUAUUGAUGACAUUGAAAAAAAUUGUCAUUCUGUUCUACUGGACAUUGUGAGACACUGCACAUAUAUUGGGAUGGCAGAUGAUGUGUUUGCUUUGCUUCAACAUAAUACUCAGUUGUAUCUUGCCAAUGUAGUGAACUUGAGCAAAGAGCUCAUGUAUCAGCAAGUCCUGCGUCGGUUUGCUCACUUUAAUGCAAUACAAUUAAGCGACCCAGCUCCACUGCUGGAGUUGAUUACGAUGGCACUGAAAGAGGAGGAUUUAGACCCUGAAUGCAAUGAGAAGGAUGAGCUAAAAGAAAAGAUUGCAGAAAUGAACACAGAGCUGCUCAAGACGAAAACUGAGAUGCUAGAGGAAUAUUUCUGUAUUUAUGUUGAUUCAGAUGGUAACCUGUCUAGGCUUCCUGUGAUUCUUGACCAGUAUACACCUGAUAUGGACCGGCUCCCAGAAUUUUUACUUUGUUUGGGCAAUGAUGUCGACUGGGAGGAUGAGAAAAGUUGCUUACAAUCAAUUGCCGCUGCUCUUGGAAACUUCUAUGCCAUGCAUCCACCUCUGCUACCAAACCCAUCAGGUGAUGGUUUGGAAUUCUACAAGAGGAGAAAAUCAUCUGGCAGUCCACAUGCAGAAGAAAAUAUCUCUAAAGAUGCUGAGGAUCAUGUAACGAAUGACGGCAUUGAGCACGAACUAGUUGCUGAAGCUGAGAAUUCCUGGGCUCAGCGCGAAUGGUCAAUCCAACAUGUCUUGUUUCCUUCCAUGAGACUUUUCUUGAAGCCACCAACUUCAUUGGCUGCAAAUGGAACAUUCGUCCAGGUUGCUUCCCUGGAGAAACUUUACAAGAUUUUUGAGAGAUGCUAAUGAGGAAUAGUUGGACUUUGGCCUAACAACAGGGGAAGUUAGUUGUGUGAUAUUUCUUCUGAGAGCAGCCAGCAUGCCUCAAGACCGUUGGGAGAAAACUUCUUGUUAAUAUACUAGUUUUUGGUUAAGAUGUUGUACGGACCAUGAAAUAUGUCUGUAAUAUAGGCCUUACUGCUGUGACAUUAGUGGAAGUGCAACCACAAUCAGUUUUAAAUGACAAUUAAACCCAAUUUUUGCGUCUUCA